UGCGCAGGCGCGAUGGACUAGGGCCCUCCGCGGCGUGUGCGCAGGCGCCGCAGCUGCAGCCAACUGAAGUAGCAAUGGACGCGCUAGAGUCGUUGUUGGACGAGGUGGCCCUGGAGGGGCUUGAUGGCCUGUGUCUGCCCGCGCUUUGGAGCCGUCUGGAGACACGAGUGCCGCCCUUCCCGCUGCCUUUGGAGCCCUACACGCAGGAGUUUCUGUGGCAGGCCCUUGCCACGCAUCCGGGCAUCAGCUUCUACGAGGAGCCUCGGGAACGACCAGAUCUCCAGCUCCAGGACCGGUAUGAAGAAAUUGAUUUGGAAACGGGCAUUUUGGAGUCCCGGCGGGACCCGGUGUCCUUGGAGGACGUCUACCCCAUUCACAUGAUCUUAGAGAAUAAAGAUGGCAUCCAGGGCUCGUGCCGGUACUUCAAGGAGAGGAAAAACAUCACCAAGGAAAUCAGGACCAAGGCGUUACAGCCCCGAUGCACAAUGGUGGAGGCCUUUGGCAGGUGGGGGAAGAAACUGAUCAUCGUCGCCUCCCAGGACAUGCGGUACCGGGCCUUGAUCGGCCUGGAGGGCGACCCCGACCUGAAGCUCCCCGACUUCUCCUACUGCAUUUUGGAGCGGCUUGGCCGGUCCCGGUGGCAGGGCGAGCUCCAGCGAGACCUCCACAGCACCGCUUUCAAGGUUGAUGCUGGGAAGCUCCACUAUCACAGGAAAAUUCUGAACAAAAACGGACUCAUUACGAUGCAGUCCCAUGUGAUCCGAUUACCCACGGGAACCCAGCAGCACUCGAUCCUCCUCCUCCUGAACCGGUUUCACAUGGACAGGAGGAGCAAAUACGACAUCCUCAUGGAGAAGCUUUCGGGUAUGCUGAGCACCCGGAGUAACCACAUAGAGACGCUGGGAAAGCUGAGGGAGGAACUGGGGCUGUGCGAGAGGACGUUUAAGCGCCUGUACCAGUACAUGCUGAACGCAGGGCUGGCGAAGGUGGUGUCGCUCCCCUUACAAGAGAUCCACCCUGAACGGGGACCAUGUAAGACCAAGAAAGGGACCGACGUCAUGGUGCGCUGCCUCCGGCUGCUGAAGGAGUUCAAGCGCAAGGUCGAAGACGACCAGGACGACGACGAGGACGAGGAGGCCAUCUCCAAGGUCGUGCCUCCGGUGGACAUUGUCUACGAGCGGGACAUGCUCACGCAGACCUACGAGCUCAUUGAGCGCCGAGGCACGAAGGGCAUUUCCCAAGCUGAAGUCCGGGUGGCUAUGAACGUGGGAAAACUGGAAGCCAGGAUGCUGUGCCGCCUUCUGCAGAGAUUCAAGAUCGUCAAGGGCUUCAUGGAGGACGAGGGGCGGCAGCGGACGACCAAGUACAUCUCCUGCGUGUUUGCAGAGGAGAGCGACCUGAGCCGGCAGUAUGAGAGGGAGAAGGCGCGGAGCGAGCUCCUGGCCACCGUGAGCCUGGCCUCCGUGCAGGAGGAGUCCCUGCUGCCCGAGGCAGAGGACGCUUUCCUCUCCGAGUCCGACAGCGAGGAGGAAGGUGGCCGUGGCCGCGGCAGGAGGAGAGGCAGAGGAUCGCAGGCGGACGGGAGGUCCUCCGCCAGCGGCGGUCUGGGGCCUCAUUCCCACCACUCCACGCCAACCAAGGGGGGGUGGAGCGUCGUCAGCCUCCACCCGUUGAGGAAGCAGCCGUCCUCCUCCCCAGGGGCUGCGGAGGAGAGAGCCUGCCGGAGCUCGGCUGCCAGGGACAGCCUCCUGGACCCCAGCAGCUCCUCGGACCCCAGUGUGUCCUUUGGCUCCCACUGCGUGGAGAGUCACAGAGGCGACAUAGCCGUGAUCGAAGAGGUCAGGCUGGAAAACCCCAAGGAGAGUGGCGGCUCCCAGAAGGCUGGGAAGCACGGCCCAGGCCAGGACAAGCCCCACGAGACCUACCGACUCCUGAAACGCAGGAAUCUGAUCAUAGAGGCUGUCACCAACCUCCGCUUAAUCGAGAGCUUGUUCACGAUUCAGAAGAUGAUCAUGGAUCAGGAGAAGCAGGAAGGCGUGUCCACCAAGUGCUGUAAGAAGUCCAUCGUCCGCUUGGUUCGGAACCUGUCGGAGGAGGGCCUCCUGAGGCUGUACCGGACCACGGUCAUCCAGGAUGGCAUCAAGAAGAAGGUGGACCUGGUAGUGCACCCAUCCAUGGACCAGAACGACCCUCUCGUGAGAAGCGCCAUCGAGCAGGUUCGGUUCCGGAUCUCCAACUCGAGCACCGCCAACAGGGUUAAAAUGUCCCAGCCUCCGGCACCUCAAGGGGACCCCGAAGAAGGAAGUCAAGGCGGAAAGGGCCCGAGCGGGUCAGGAGACUGCCAGCCGAAUGCCUCCUCUACGCUGGAGGGUGGCCGGGUGAAAAAGAGCGAUAAGAAAAUGAACGUACCCCACCUGAAAAAUUACAAGCCCGUCGUAGUUCCUGGACUUGGGCGUUCCCUCGGGUUUCUGCCCAAAAUGCCUCGCCUGCGGAUGGUCCACACGUUUCUGUGGUACCUGAUCUAUGGGCACCCUGCCAGCGACACGGUGGAGAACCUGUGCCACGGCAGUGAAAAGUGGACGAGGAAGCAGGAGCCGGGCAGGACGGGAGUCCCAGGCUCCUCAAGCGACCUGGAGGACUCCUCCGCCGCCCCAUCCAGUGACACCCCAGAUCGAGCCACCUGGGAGAGUGAAAUGGAGCUCUCCUCGGAGACGGUUUACGUGGACGAGGCCUCGUGGAUGCGCUACGUCCCUCCCGUCCCAGUCCACAGGGACUUUGGCUUCGGCUGGGCUCUGGUCAGCGACAUUCUCCUCUGCCUGCCCCUCUCCAUCUUCAUCCAGAUCGUGCAAGUCAGCUUCAAGGUGGACAGACUGGACGAGUUCCUGAACGACCCCGUGAAGAAGCACACGCUGAUCCGCUUUCUCCCCCGGACCAUCCGGCAGCAGCUUCUCUACAAGAGACGCUACAUUUUCUCGGUGGUGGAGAGCCUCCAGAGGCUGUGCUACAUGGGGCUGCUCCAGUUCGGCCCCACGGAGAAGUUUCAGGACAAAGAUCAGGUCUUUAUCUACCUGAAGAAGAAGGCGGUCAUCCUGGACACCACCAUCUGCGACCCGCAUUACAACCUGGCCCGCAGCAGCCGGCCCUUCGAGAGGCGUGUCUACGUCCUGAACUCCAUGCAGGACGUGGAGAACUACUGGUUCGACAUGCAGUGCGUCUGCCUCAAUACCCCACUAGGCGUGGUGCGCUGCCCGCGUGCCCCGAAGAACAGCGGCCCGGAUCAGAGCAGCGACGAGGAGGGCAGCCUGCAGAAGGAGCAGGAGCGCGCCGUGGACCGGCACAACCUGGAGCGCAAGUGUGCCAUGAUGGAGUACACCACGGGCAGCCGUGAGAUCGUGGACGAAGGCUUGAUCCCCGGCGACGGGCUGGGAGCUGCUGGGCUUGAUUCCAGUUUCUACGCGCACCUAAAGCGAAACUGGAUCUGGACCAGCUACAUCAUCAACAAGGCCAAAAGGUCGAACACGACAGAGAACGGGAUCACAGUGAGGCUGCAGACGUUUCUGUCCAAGCGCCCGCUGCCUCUCAGUGCCAGAGGCGGCAGCAGGUUGAACCUCUGGGGAGAGGCUCGGGCAGGAUUGGAGCUGCGUGCGGACCGGGAAGAGCAGGUGGAAGUUGACCGAGAGCCCACGCUGGACAGGAACCAGAGGGUGAAGGGUGGGAAAAGCCAGAAGCGGAAACAGGUGAAGAAGGACCCCGAGAAGAAGACCAAGAGGAAGAAAAAAGAAGAGCCCCCGGAGGAGAAAAUCAAGAGACCGCGUUACCACGACGAGGCCGACCAGAGCGCCCUGCAGAGAAUGACCCGGCUGCGCGUCACGUGGUCCAUCCAGGAGGACGGGCUGAUCAUGCUCUGCCGCAUCGCCAGCAACAUCCUCAACCCCAAGGUGAAGGGCCCGUUCGUGCCCUGGCAGGUGGUGCGGGACAUCUUGCACUCGACCUUCGAAGAAUCUUUGGAUAAAACAUCUCAUUCUGUCGGACGAAGGGCUCGCUACAUCGUCAGGAAUCCACAGGCCUACCUGAACUAUAAGGUUUGCCUCGCCGAGGUGUACCAGGACAAGGCGCUCGUUGGAGAGUUCAUGAACCGAAAAUGUAACUAUGAAGACCCAAAGGUUUGUGCCAGUGAGUUUAAAGAAUUUGUGGAGAAGCUCAAGGAAAAGUUCAGUUCGGCUCUAAAGAAUUCUAGCCUUGAGAUCCCAGACACACUCAAGGAGCUCUUUGCCAGAUACCGAGUUUUGAUGAUUGCCGACAAGAAAGAUCAAGUCAGGAAAGAGGAUAAACUUAAUAGUGUGGACGACAUCCACUUCCUGGUGCUGCAGAAUCUGAUCCAGAGCACGCUGGCCCUCUCGGACAGACAGAUGGAGUACUGCCAGUCGUUUCAGACGUUCCGCCUGUACCGCGAGUACAAGGACCACGUCCUGGCCAAGGCUUUCAUGGAGUACCAGCGCCGGAGCCUGGUCAACCGGCGCCGGGUCAGCCACAUGCUGGGCCCCAAGAAAAACCGGGCUUUGCCGUUCGUGCCCAUGUCCUACCAGCUGUCCCAGGCCUACCACAGGAUUUUCACGUGGCGAUUUCCAAGCUCCAUCUGCACAGAGUCAUUCCAGUUCUUCGACAAGAUCCGGGCUGCCGGCAAGUGGGACCGGCCUGAUAAUUUUUCCUUCAAAGACCAGGAAAACCAGGACUCCCUGAGCGACCUGGUAGCAUUUUCUUUGGACGGCCCUGGAGGACACUGCGUGGCCACCCUGACCCUUUUCUCCUUGGGCCUCAUUGCCGUGGACGUCAGGAUCCCAGAGCAGAUCGUGGUGGUGGACAGCUCAUUGGUGGAGAACGAGGUCAUUAAGAGCCUGGGGAAGGACGGGGCCACAGAAGAGGAUGAGGACGAGGAGGAAGACCUGGACGAAGGCUCCGGGGCCAAGCGCCGGAGCAUCGAGGUGAAAGCUCCCCAGGCCUCCCACACCAACUACCUGCUGAUGCGGGGCUACUGCGCCCCCGGCAUCGUCAGCACCCGCAACCUCAACCCCAACGACAGCAUCGUGGUGAACUCCUGCCAGGUCAAGUUCUGGCUGCGCUCCACCCCUGCGCCCACCAGGCUCGGGCCCACCGCCACUCCUCUGGAAGAGCUGACAGUCGGCACCUCCUGCCUCCCUGACAUGUUCACCAGGCUGGUCAAGGUCCCCGAGGAUACCUACGGCUUGGAAGACUUCGCCCACCAGGUGGCGCUGUCCGGGUACAAACCCGGAGACGUGCUGGCCGCCCUGGAGAUCCAGGCGGCCAUCGCAGCGGCCGGUUGCUUUGGGGUGGACAAGGUGAGGCUGAGCAGGCAGUUCUCCGCCUUGGAGAAGACAGAUGCUGAGCGCACCAGGACCUUCUCCGACUACGUCCAGGACCUCGUGGAGCACCAGCAGGUGCUUGAAGUUGGUAGCAGCACCACCCGCCUGGUGACCAUGGCCUCUGCCCAGCCCUGGCUCCUCCGCUCGGUGCAGCUAAAAGGCAGAGAGGAGGACGCAGACCCUCCAAGAGAAGACCCCCAGGCCAGACCCCUGGAGGGGCCUUCUGGCGAGGACGGCCCCUCUGAGAGGCAGGCAUCUCCUUCUCAGAGCCCCCGGGGUGCCAAGAGGCGCGCCAGCUGGGGCAACGCCGAUGCGGACAGCCAGGGUGGGGGGGCCGACCCCGAGAUCGCUCAGGUGCCCCCCUCAAAGAGGCCCGCGUGCCAUGAUAUGCCCUGGGCCCCCAGCCCCGGGCCCAGAGGAGAAGAGGAGCCAGAAACCCCAGUGUCUAUGCCACCCAUGGCUCCUGAGGACCCAGGCACAAGGGAGCCCCUGCCAGGGGUGUCGGAAGCCAGGCAGGAGGAUGUCGGGGUCCCCAGCUCCCCAGGCCGAGAGCAGCUUCUGGAGGGCCCUGAAGACCCCAGAGGUGUGGCGGACGGUUCUGCAGCCGGCAGCCUCUCCCAGGCAGGGCAGGAGAGGGACCCUGAGAACAUCUGCUUCAUCGGGCGCCCGUGGCGCAUCGUGGACGGCCGCCUGAACACGCCCGUGUGCAAGGGCAUGAUGGAGGCCGUGCUCUACCAGGUCAUGACCCGGCCCGGCAUCCCCGAGAGCUGUCUGCUGCAGCACUACCAGGGCGUCCUGCAGCCCCUCGCCGUGCUCGAGCUGCUCCAGGGCCUGGAAUUCCUGGGCUGCAUUAAAAAGCGCCUGCUGAGGAAGCCCCGGAGCGUGUCGCUCUUCUCCAAGCCAGCGAUCGAAGAGGUGGAGGCGCCCUCGAGCCUGAGCGAGAACCUCACGGUGUCCUACGAGCCCACGCUGGACUGCACCAUCCGCCUGGGCCGUGUCUUCCCCAGCGAGGCCAACUGGAACAAGUGGGUCCACCUCUGAGGCCCCCGUGGCCCUCGCGACCCGCCUGUCCCUCUGCCGACCCUGAGAGAGAGUGUGCUCUCCUGGGGGGCCUCUGCCCACUGUGGGGUGCAGCCUGGCGAGGUUGGGGUGCAGAGGGCCCUGCCCCCACCCGCCAAUUGUACAGAGACCCUGUGCCCAGCCUGAGGCCUCAAAUGCUGUUUCCUGGCCCGGAACCUCCUGGAAGGAGGGCCACCUGCCCACCUGCCCCCAGGCCCUUCCCGGGCUGCCCCAAGGGACCUCGCUUCGUCACCUCCUCCUAUUCCCGGGGCCUCGGCUGAGCCGCCCACCCAGCUCUCCGGAACCUGGGUUGUGGUGAGGUUGAGAAGCCCCCAGGGGGCCCGUCCUCCGAGGGCUUCCGAGCUGAGGCUGCCUUUCGGGAGCAGAGCCGCCGGCCCAGGCCUGGAGCCCUGUAUGGACAUCUGCUGGCCGGCGAGGGGCUGGGAGUUCAGGACACGGGGCUCUGCCCCGUCCACACACACCUCGCCCUGCAGCUUCCAGCCACCCCACUGCGGAGGACCCCCCCCUGCUCCCCAGAAAGCCCCCGUGGCCUGAGGGGCAGGGCCUCCCGGGGACACGUCGCAGAAGGGGGUUGUGUGCCCGGCGGAACCCCUGCCCUCCAGGCGGGGCUGAGCCUGCAGGCCACCCACAGGCCUCCCACCAGCUAAAAACGGGAAGUCCCGGGGUUUGUUUUGUUUUUUCAACCUUUUUCCUCAUUUAAAAAAAAUCCCCUGGCAUGUAUUUAUUUUUUAAUUAAAGUGAAGUAAAGUGUAUUUUGUUC